CGCGACCAUGUCAAUCGCUUAUUCCUUCAACUAAUUACCUUGACUCGCCAUCAUGAACGCCGCAGCGGACGUUAUCGUCCUCUCUUCAUCCCCAGAUCCCAUUCCCAACCGUUCUUCAGUACAGCCUGCCCAUGAUCCCGUGAAGCUGUUCGAUUUGUCCCCGCCAAGUGCAUCUCCAUCUCCGGUACGAUCACCAUCAGAGUUGUUCCAACUUCCUACACGUUCCAGGUUUUUCGAGCUUGAAACCCCGUCACGGAAUAAAGAAAAUAAGACACCCAAGGAACCACCAGUCAGAAAGACCAGCGCCACUUCGAAUUCAAGAAACGCUUCCUCAGAGGAUAGGCCCAAGCGGAAGGGGAGGAAGCCCGCAAGCGAGUCGCAGACGGUACGUGUUGGCCAGGGACCGGGUGGCCUAGCACAAGAGAGCGCGCCGAAGAAAACUACAGGUGCCAGGAAGAAGCGCGCAGAUAAUCAGGUCAAGUGUGGGAAAACUGCGAACAAAACUAUAACAGGGAGGGUCGCGAAGUCUGGCAAUGCGCUGGCUAAACCGCACCAAGAGAAGGUUAUGGAUGUGUCGACUCCGAAGGGUUUGUCGGAAACGAAGUCUGCCAGUGAGGUCGUUGAUCUGGGAAGCGAUGGACUGCAAUUGGAAGCUGCUGUGAAGCGGAGAAUGGAUUGGACGCCCACUAAGGAUACCCUUGCGCAAACGGUAGAGUUGAGUCAAGAGGAGGUUGCAGAAGCCAACUCCAAAAGUUUUGGUAGUCUGCUAUCUGAGUACGGUUUCAAUGAUGUUUCUUCAGCUCGCAGUGAUGUCAGGAAUUUUGGAGACGAUGGUCCAACGAAGCGUAGACGUAUAGAGCUCGUGGAUUCUAGGUUAUUUGGUCCAUCGAAGCAAGCAUUGCAUGAUAUCGAUGAUAUAAGCAUUAGAAAAGAUAGCCAGCAAAAACAGCCAGAGGCCAAACAGAAACCGAAGAAACAGACUAAGAAAUUCACGACACUUACGGCUCGUGUGACAGCGAGUUAUCUCAAUGAUUCCCAUGAGGGAUCGGAUUCGUCAAGCAAGGAAACCACUACUUCUCGAGAAAAUGCUGCAACUGCAAGAACAAAGGCCUCAAAAAGCAAAGGAAAAGCUACUUCAAAACCUAAGGAGCCUGAAUUCAUAGUUCUUUCACCCGAAGCAGCUGCAAAGUCGCUAGAAAACCAGGAACCCAUAUUUGGAACUUGUAGUCAGUUAGAGCGAGAGGAUUCUCCGACCUCGCUAAAGGAGCUACAGGCAGCCAUCAGUGAGUCGGAGAGGUACGCUGUGGCAGAGCCUUCUCCAUUGAGUUCAACACUAUACUCAACACCCACAUCCCGUUUUACUACUGCAAGAGGCCUAUGGUCUGUUGCAGCCAGAGAUCUAGAAGGGUCAUUGAUUCGCCAAACGGAAGUUGUGGAACUGUUGGAUACACCUGAGCCUGCUAAGAUGACGACCUCGACCACCGAUAACCGUAAUGAAAAGGCCUUGGAGGAUGCAGCUGUUGUCACUCUUAGAGAACCGUUUAAUCUUCCCAGGAGCGAGGCACCUAGACUCAAAGCUAUUCCAGCUGCGAGAAAAGAGCCAUCCCCAGCGCCUGGUUUGCCCACGACAAAAGCUAGUGAUAAAUCUAGGAAAAUCACCUCGCAAGAUCCUGAGCCACAACCUGAAAUGCCGCAUUACAGCGGCUUCACCGAUGCCGAAUUAUCGAAACAGGUCGCCUCGUACGGCUUCAAGCCGAUGAAGAACCGAAAGAAGAUAAUCGAACUUCUCGAAAAAUGCUGGGAGUCCAAGCAUGGUAAAAGCGUAACCUCAGAAACCCGAGCUAGCACGCAAACCGCAUCUACAGAGCCAACUCGCGAACUCGCCUCUUCCGAACCCAAGACAUCUCAGAAACAGCCACGCAAACAAAUCACUUCACGAAAGACAACCACAAAGUCCAAAAUAAACCCCGACUCAAACGCACUUUCAAAACCAAAGUCCAGAAAAACACCAUCAAAAAGCAACGCUCUUAAAGCCCCAAACACUCAAUUAAAACCAGCCCAAGCACCAUCAACACAGUCCUUCAUCAACGUCGAAGAAAUAGAAGACUCAGAAGAAGAAACCCUACCUUCACCCUCCCGAGUCCUGAACCGAUAUACACACCAACCUUCAGAAACCAGACAAGUCUUACCCAUCUCAGAAACACUAUGUAGCCCAUCCCGUACCAACAAGUCAACGACUAAGAACAACGCAACCCUCAAUCAGGAACAACCCGACUUAGCUGACCAAAUCCUCAAGGCCAUGCACGCACAACCAGCUGGAACGCCUAGUCGUCCGAGCUGGCACGAGAAGAUCCUCAUGUACGACCCCAUUAUCCUAGAGGAUUUUGCCACCUGGUUGAACACCGAGGGCCUAGGCCUUAUUGGUGAGGAUCGGGAAGUCGGUGCUGGUUUCUUGAGAAAAUGGUGUGAGGGUCGAGGGAUUUGCUGUUGCUAUCGAUGA